AUGGCUCAAACGAAAGCUGUAGCCAAAUUUUGGAUAGCCACGACCAAGCAGAUCGAAAAUGUGUUAGCUCACGAAAAGUACGUUCAAGCCACAGAACCAACUAAGGAUUCGCAAGAGGCACACCGUCUCGUGUCGCGUUUGUACUGUCGUUACGUUCAGCUGUGUCGCAGCCUUGGACAAUGUUUCGAUCAAACGCUGCAGGUUCAGAAACGGGAAGUCAUCCAGCAGUUGCUGCAAGCGGCCAACAAACGGCUAGUGGAGCUUGGCGCAAUGCUGAAGGAGGUCGAGUUGAGUGAUUUCGUAUACAUUGACGGUGCGCUACAAGAACUGCAUCUGAUUCCCGAGGAUGUGCAAGCCGUUCGGCCAUGUUAUUUUCCCGCCGUCCGUCCUGCCCACUUGCAGGUCUUACUUGAUGCGAAAAGUCUUCAAAAUUUUGCCUCAGAUAGUGGCUGCAGCAGCAGCGAGGAAGAGAGCAUGUCUGAAGAAAGCGACUAUGAGACAGUCGCCAUCCGCGAAGAACCGAAGCGACCGGUAAUGAAGCGCGAUCGAAAGAAUGACCGUUUAGUUGGUGCACUCAGGUUAAUUAUUGCACACGAGAAAGCUCGUCAGGCGAGGGUACUCCGGACCAACUUUCGGUUGCAGCCGGAUCGGUACUACCCGAGACCGAUCGAUGAGGAACUCGUUGACAUGAAGUACGAUUUUUUCUUCCGUCCGGGACAAUAGAUGCUGUUUCCGGUCAAGCGUACCGCUUUCAACUGGGACUUUCGAAUGAAGCAAAAGGACUUGGGGAGCUAUUCCUACUACCGGCCUCCCGGAUACCAGGAGGAAACUGCUCCAACAGUUGAACAAGAGAUUGUAAAUGUUCAACCUACACAGCAACGCAGAAAAACGAAUGAUUCUGCAGGUCUUGUGGAAGCGGAAGCACUACGUGUGGCAAACGAACUCGAAAAAAGACGCCUGGACCGUGCGGCGCAAAUAAUUCAACGCUGCUGGCGUCGGUAUCGGGCAGUAAAGCACCAGACACGUCUCCGCUAUGGAAGAUCCCAAUUUUUGGGACUCUUUGAUGAUAUGCAACCGGCCAAUGUUCGGCCAACGAUAGAAGUAGAUCGUGUGCGAGCCUUGCGCAGCGAACUGAAGGUUGAGUUUGAUCAGCGAUUUUUGGAUGCGAUCACCGAUGAAAAGGCGCGAAUAUUACGCACACGUGGUGCUGCCAUUCUGGAGGACAUAACGGACUUUAUGCGGGCUUGGUUUCGCCAGUGGUUCGAUGAAGCGCACACAUUUGAUGUUAUUCCGGAACCGUUUCAAGGGGGGACCGUGUUGAUCGUACGCGGAGAAACCCUGACGCCCAUGGAGCAUUUGGAACGGCAGCGAUUGGAACGAUUGGAGAAACUGAAGUCGGCGGAGCAAAGAAAAAAGGAAGCGGAGAACAAAAAGGCCGCGCUCGAACGGGACAAGGCCCAAAAGCGCGAGGAAAAGGAACGUCUCAAAGAGCUAGCCCGUCAGAAGCGUGCUAGGGAGAAGAAAGAAGGCAAAACGUACGAUUUUUCUGAACCGGAGUUCGUGAGCAAUGCAUACCUGACACUCGAGGAAACCAUUCGUCGGUACCGUGAAGAUUGGCAGUUCGUUGAGGAACUAAACAAUGUAGACGAUUUGCCAAUCAUGGAGUGGAUUACGUUGGAGAAGUUUGCCGAAGUACACCAGGAACUGCAUGGUGAGGUACGCGAGCUUCUAAAGUCCGAACGUGAGCUGCUUCAGAGGGCACUCUGUAAAGAUGAAAAGACAAAGUAUAGGCCCCCGAAAGCCCUCCGUCCGCCACGAACGAAAAAGGCAACCGGAAAGAAGCGCAAGGCAGCAAUCGACCAUACGGCGGAUCGCACGGAAGAAUCGUUAGUGGAUGAGUUGGUAGCAAAGGGUGUCAUCAAAGCAUAUCGAAAGCGCACGAUGGACGAGUUUGUUGGGGAUAUAAAUUAUGCCGCGUUCGAGAGGCGCAACCUUCUCGGAGAUGAUCCACCAGCGGGUUUGGGCGAGAUCCGGAACGUUGUACGAUCGUUUCUGUACGGCAUGGGGCCGUUGGUGGUGCCCAAACCGAAAUCAACCUGUUUCGUUGCGCCACCUGGAUACGGCAAAACGUUGCUCCUCGAAGCGAUCUGCCAUGAAACGGGGUCCGUGUUGUUUGACCUUAGUGUUGAAACCUGUGCACCGAUUCUGCCGACCGAUAUGCCGGGGUUUCUGCAGUUGGUCCUCAAGGUCGCCCGUUUAAUGCAACCAUCGGUGCUGGCCAUCGAAGAUGUGCAUCGUGUUUUUUAUAAACAUGUCCCAUCCCAAGAAGCUCCACAAGAUCCGACGAAACUGGGAAAGUAUCUUCUUAAGUUGAUCGUAAAACAGUUGAGAGCCGAAGAAAGAAUUCUCCUCGUGGCCACCACCAGCCAACCGUGGCUGGCAAAAGUGGCCGCAAUGAAGAAUUGUUUCAAAACGUUUGUUCUUAUACCACGAGCCGACUACGGGUCAACUGUUAUGCUGUGGCAGCGGGCACUCUUUCGUUACACCGGUGUCCCGCGGGAUUUUGACCUGUCCGCACUGGCGAUCGUUACAAAGGGAUACGCUCCACGGCAAAUAUUACGCUGCGUCCGAGAUGUGCUAAGAAUCAGACGGAGGAUGCAGUUUGGCCGACGGCCGUUGAAGCUCAACGAGUUUCUAGACUACUUUCUUACACAAACUCCACAGCCACAGUAUCCAAUCACCGACAAAGAGUACGAUCGCUACACUAAAUGGCACCGGAAAGUGGACGUGCUGGCCAAGAAGCGAUCGAAGAUGAUGCGUGAACGCGAGCAAGUGGCCGAACAAAUGAAAUCAAAAGGAAAAUAA